AUGGCCUUUCCGUACAAGAAAAUCAUCAUCCUGGGGGCCACGUCCGGAAUCGGUCACAAGCUGGCGGAACGAUUAAUCCAGAAUGGCAGUUUUGUUAUUGCGGUUGGUCGUCGGAAGGAAAAUCUUGAUUUGUUUGUGCAGAAGCAUGGCCCCGCCAGGGCCGCGGGUAUCCAGUUUGAUGUAUGCAAUCUGGAUGAAGUCCAGCAGUUCGUGGUCGAGUAA